CGGAACAAGCUGUGCCUCAAAACUCAUACAAAGGAAUGAAGUUCAGCGCAGCUGUCAAUAAGAGUCAGGGGAAAAUAACUAGAAAGGACCAAAGCUUGCACAAGUUGGUUUUUCAAGCAUUGGAACAUAAUGCUAAUGUGACAUACAUUGUUCGUGGAGAGAAACUAUUGGAUGGUAAAAUAGACAAAGAUACCCCUGGAAUUAUGUGUAGUUGCUGUAACAAUGUGGUUAGCCCUUCUACAUUUGAAGCACAUGCUGGCUGGGCAUCCCGACGCAAGCCUUACCGGCACAUAUUUGCCGGUGAAGUCUCACUACAUGAGUUGUCCAUUUCUAUGUUGAAAAAGCAGACAAUUUCUGUGAGUACCGAUAGCGAUGGCCGUUGCAGUAUUUGUGAACAAGGAGGACAUCUUUUAUGCUGUGAUGGAUGCCCAAGAGCUUUCCACUUAGAAUGUGUGCCUCUUGAAACCGAACCGGGUCGCAUUUGGUACUGCAAAUAUUGCUGUCAUAAUGUAAACCAUAACGAAAAACGUGAAGGGCGUAGCGCAAAAGGUCGGGCAACUCGAAGGGUUUCGGGGAAGAGAGCCCGGAGAGGCCCCCUUACGGUAAAUGAUCUCGAUAUUGUCGACGGUGGAUGUCAACUGUGCAGGGAAGAUGAUUUCGAGCUAGUAGAUUUUGGUCCUCGGACAGUAAUUAUAUGUGACCAGUGUAAUAAGGAAUUUCACAUAGGGUGUUUGAAGGAUCAUAAGAUCGAAAACCUAGAGAAAUUACCUGAAGGGGACUGGUUCUGCGGCUCGGAAUGUCUUCAAGUUCGGGCUUUUUUGCAGAAUUUAGUGAAUCGCGGGGACGCACCAGUUUCAGAUUCCCUCCUAAGUUUGAUUAAAAAGAAGCGUGAGCAAAAAGGUGUAGAAACUGAUUCUGUCCUUGAUGUAAAAUGGAGGAUUCUGAACUGGAAGUUGCUUGCCUCUGAAGAAAUUCGGGCGCUGCUUUCGAAGGCUGUUGCUAUCUUUCAUGAACAAUUUGAUCCCAUAGUGGAUGCUGAAACAGGCGCAGAUUUCAUUCCGUCAAUGCUUUAUGCGAGGACCCUCAAGGAUCAGUAUUUUGGAGGAAUGUAUUGUGCAGUGCUCACUGUCAACCAAAAGGUUGUAUGCGCGGGGACAUUCCGUUUGUUCGGGAGAGAAGUGGCGGAGCUUCCCUUAGUUGCAACUCAUGGAGCUAGCCAAGGAAAGGGUUACUUCCAAGCCCUGCUUGCCUGCAUCCAGGGCGUGCUUGGAGAGUUAAGAGUGGGACGGUUAUUCUUACCGGCUGCUCAUGAAGCUAAAUCAUUAUGGACUAGGAAAUACGGGUUUAUGGCGCUAGACCAAGAUGAGAUGAAUUUUAUCACAAGAUUGUACCGCUUGAUGAUGUUUAAAGGGGCAGCAUUACUGCAGAAGCCGGUUCCUCGGCCCGUCAUAACCGAGUGCGUUGAAGAAGAUCCAUUUGAAGAAGGUGCAUGAUCCACAUUUGGUGUGAAGAAAAGUAUCUGGUCCUGUUGUAGUAAUCAUAUUUUGUUGUAAUACAAAACUUAGAAUAAAGGUGUUUAGAUUUCAGAAUAAAGGAAACUAGGACAUGGGAUUUUCAGAAACUUGCAUCAUGUUUUGGUGCUGAUUUUAUUUACUUGUCAUAAAACUUAGUCAUUUCAUUUUCUUGUUGUUGGUAUGAAUUCUAGGGCUUUCAAUAAUGUGUCUUUUCACAACCUUGAGUGGAA